AUGGAUCACCUUGUCCUGCCGGAGGGAGUGAAACCCUGGAUCCAGGUGGCCUACGAAGGCCAGGAGGAUACAUACUACGACAAAGACCGUGGAAAUUUCUUUGACUUCUACAAAACAAGAGGAUGGACUGCAGAAGAUGUGAAAUUCCAGCCGAAACCCUCCGAAAACCUCCUUGGAGGAGUCGUCGAGGGCGAAGAGGAACAAGCUCGCUCAGCAGCAGAGGUUGAAACCUUCUUUCAGACCUGGCUCUUCUUUGGCCUUAUCAUAGAGGUGUUCGCACUGAGCGAUAUAGCAGUGACGACCCAAGACUUUCUGGUUCCGAACACUCUGAAGACGGUCCACAAGCCACAGAAAGCCCACCUGAUCACGACGGCGAAACUGCCCUCCUUGAUUGCAAAAUGGCGGCAGACCAGCUCCAGAGACAACAGAACCUUUGGCGAAGCGAUGAAAAUGAUCGACUUCGUCGGGGAUAUUGUCGACCAUCACUGUGCAGGGGGCAAAGACCAUCGGUCCGUCCACCAAUAUGGCAAAGUUCUGUGGCCUCUCAAGGACGAGGUGACAACCUCCAUCAUAGCCGUGGCGUCGACGCUCCGAAAGGCGGCCAGACAGAUCUACAAUGUGACGGGAAAAGAAGAGAGAUGGCCUGUCACCAACUCGCGAAUCCUCUACCUACGCAUUCAGCGGAAGUGGUGCAAGGCAGAUGCGGCGAUGAUCAUGGAAGAUCUUGACAUUGACGGCCAGUAUUACAUUGCCGCUGCCGAAAGCCAUUCGCUCGAGUCGCUGGAUAGCCAUUACGCCUGCACAGACCAUUCUUGCGAAGCCAAGAUUAGCGACGGAACCUAUGUCACCCAACAUGCCGACGGGUGCGAAGCCCACGAUGACUAUGAACCCGAACCCAAGUUCGUAGGACACCGGAUUCCGGACUAUCAGAAGAGUCCCGCUUCGCUCAGAGAUGCGGUGAAGCAUGUUUUAGAUGCUGGGCACCUGCCUGUUCUCAGAUGGGACUACGAACAGAGGGGGCUUGCCACCUACGGACACGAAAGAUUCACCUACUCCGGAGAAGGCGCAACGCCACCCUAUGUUGCCAUAUCUCAUGUCUGGGCCGAUGGCAUGGGAAACCCGUUCGACAACUCGCUGCCAUACUGCCAGUUCGAAAGAAUUCAACGGCUGGUCGACGACCUUUGCUCUAACCACCUGCCCGAGAAAAAGCGCCAUACAAGCCCAGGCUUUUGGAUGGAUACGAUUUGCUGUAUAGUGGGCGUCGACAAUGAGAGCAAGAAAUACAAGAGCAAGAGCAUCACGUCAAUGCGCGAGAUAUACCAUGACUGCGUUGCCGUAUUGAUCAUCGAGCCAUGGCUUGCAGCAAUACCUACCACCGCGCCAUUUGCCGAGAUAGCCCACCGAAUUUACUCCUCUGGAUGGUCAAGAAGGCUUUGGACCCAUCAGGAGGGUUUCCUCGGGAGGGACGUCUACUAUCAGUUCAAGGACAAGCCACUCAGCUUCGCCGAGGUGACGGAAGCAGCGAGGGAGUACGAGCGUAGGAUGGGAGCGAAUGGGUAUCCGAUCACGUUCCCCUACGCGGCGGCGAGCAAGACAAGCUUCUACUACACUGGCAUCAAAAACAUCAUUGAGAACAUCCGUGAAGGCCGCUUUUCGAAGGACGACCGGUGGAUCAUCUACCGGCACUUGGCUGAGUCGCUUGGCCACCGAUCCACAACCAAUGUUGACGACGAACUGCUUUGUGUGGCGUCUGUCAUUGGCCUUGACGUCGGAGACUAUCUCAAGCACAAAGACGCCGAGGACAACCGCGAGCGUACGGCGGAGCUACGAAUGCAAGCCUUUCUUGAAGAACUCGGCCGCUUCCAUCAAGGGAUUAUCUUCAACAAUUAUCGCCGCCUCACCACUCCCGGCUUCCGUUGGGCCCCAGUCUCCCUUCUGGGACAUCGGGCCUCUGGCCUGGGAGAUAUCGACGGCUCGACUGAUUCCAAGGUUGAAGAUUACAGCACUCUGCCCAUGGACGACAAGCACGUUGAGCUUGAAUCUAUGGGACUGAAGGUCAAGAUCAAUCUCACCAAGCAUUUGACGAAGACGCUUGGGCUUAACAAGCGAUUCGUGUCUAUCGUCCUGAACGACAAGACUGUGAAGCUGCCCACCGUAGGCCUUCCGGUCGACUACCCGGGCUACACCAUCAAGUUCCCUAAGGGCUCGGGCCUCACGAUCGAUAUGGCCGAACGCCGGUUUGUUCUGAAGUACUCUCCGAUCCCAAAUCCUGUGCCGGCCGUCACAACACCACCGCCGCUCCCCAAAGCACCUUCAUUUGGGAAGGUGCCCACCGUCAAAGGAAUCCGUGGCUUUGGCAAAGCAUCGGAACAAGUCAACCAGCAAGUCGAGAGGGCUCAAGUGGCCGCCAAUAACCUUGCCGAGACUGUGACAUACCAGUACGUCGUCUAUGUUGCAGAAAACGAGGUGAAGUGGGAGCAUGACCGGGCCUAUGCAAUCAUCCUCCAGCGACCGCUUGGUGACUCGGCCAACCAGGAGUUUCUCGCCAUGAUAGGCCUCAAUUCAAUCGGGCCUGGCCCGCGGACCUUUGUGCAGUCGCUCUGUUCGGCGGUUGUGCGUCUUGUCGGUCGAUACGACUCGUACAAAGUCACUGCCGGACUGGACGUAGUCGAGGUUGGGAAGCCAAAGACGAACUGGGUGAUCACUUAG